AUGCGGCUCUCAAACCCGUUGCGGCGGUCCCGCGAAACGCGGCUGCCCAUGUACCAGAACCCUAAUUCGACUUCGAAAGAGCGCUCCUCCAACGAUGGCUACUAUUCUUCCUCAGAUGGCGAUUCAGAAUCAUCGUUUUCGGGUCCAUCGUCAGACGGAUCGAGACACGUAUCCGAGUCAUAUCCUGUGCGACCGCUGCUAGUUCAGAAGAGGAAUCAAAGACCUGCUUCUACGCGGCCGGGUGGUUUCUAUCCGUACAGAUUGCCGCCGCGAAUUAUCCGCUAUGUUGUUCUUGCGGUAUCUGGGCUAAUAAUCCUCAUGAUUAUUACCCUGGUACGGGCAAGCCAGGUUGAGAACUGGAAAGUUGCCAAUGGCCAAGCAAAAAGCAGACCGACGCCCCCUCCUAUGUGGGAGAAGUUUCCAUUUCUGGAGAGAUAUUAUGGUGGUAUACGCACUUUGGUUCCUUUUAAGGAGAACAAGCCCGAGUACCCCAAAUCUAGCGAGCCCGUGCCAUCGAAUCCGCCAUCUCCCGCCAAGGCUGAGAGUCGCGAAAAGGAAUUUCCCGUCAGCCACUCGUGGGCAGACUACGCUGGACGAAAUAAAGAAACCGAUAUUAAGGAGUGCUUCCUGGAUGCUGCUGGCAAGAUUCGCCCACCCCCUCUUCGUUAUUACGACGGCCGACCAAGCGGUUUUCCACUGCAUGUCACUGGCUCUUACGAAGUUCUUAAAUUACCGGAGGAAGUCUGCUUUGAGCGCUAUGGAAAAUUUGGUCCCUAUGGAUUUGGAUACUCUACUCGUACUGGUGGUCUAGGGACGGGAGAGAACGGUGAAAAUGAAGGCGCAGAUUCGGUUUGGGGCUCCGGCUCUCGUGUGGACUACCGCGAGAUCGACUGGGCAGAAGUUCAACAACGCUGCUUCAAGGCCAAUGCUGGCCGAUACAAGGGAUUGCCGGCAAAAACGCCUUCCCCUCAAGGCUUUUACAUUGGUAACUCAAAGGCGACGAAUGUCCAAGCUCGUGACUCUCAGUCAAAAGAUAACGGCAAGACGACGACUGCGGCCGAACAUGCGGACUCUGCACCAAGCAAGGAGGGCACUUCUACAACUGAGGUGGCCAAGCAAUCACGAACCGCCGUUGUGAUCAGGUGCUGGGAUGAGUAUCUAUUCCGAGAAGAUGAUUUGGCCAACCUUCGAUCGAUGAUUUCUGAGCUUUCGCUAGCUUCUGGAGGUCGAUAUGACGUUCACUUGCUAGUUCAAGUCAAGAAUGAUGCUAAGCAUCCUGUCUGGGCUGACCAUGAGAUUUACGAGCAAAGGAUUCGAGACACCAUUCCGAAGGAGUUCCAGGGACUGGUCACGCUUUGGACCGAAACGCAGAUGCUCUCCCUGUACCAAGGCAUCUAUGAUCUGUUCAGCCGCGGCCCAGAACUCCCGGUUCAUGGAGUUUACCGUGGGCUCACCAUGGCCAUGCAGCACUUUGCAUACCUGCACCCCGAGUACGACUAUUUCUGGCAGUGGGAGAUGGACAUCCGGUAUACGGGCCACUACUACGACCUUCUAUCCAAGCUCGAAAACUGGUCCAAGGCUCAGCCACGAAAGGGACUGUGGGAGCGAAACUCACGAUACUACUUCCCCAAUGUUCACGGUACUUGGGAGGACUUUUCACAGAUGGCCCGAGUGCAGAGUGAAAUGGGAACUCCUGGAGCCGAUAAUGUAUGGAAGAACCUGCCCGGCGUUGACGGCCAGCCUCCGGAGGCGGCCACAAAGAAGAAGAUCAAGACUGUUUGGGGUCCUAUCCGCCCUGCCGAUGAAAAUGAUUGGUUUGAGCACGAAAAGGACCCGGUCCCACCGACGUCGUAUGAUACUGACCACUACCAAUGGGGCGUUGGUGAGGAAGCAGACUUGAUUACUCUGAAUCCCAUCUUCGAUCCUGAAGGCACCACGUGGGGCUUGAAGGACGACAUUACCGGCUUUAACCGAUCACUUCCCUUCCCUCCUCGACGAGCCAGCAUCAUCACUACGUCUCGAAUGUCAAGGCGACUUCUCAUGACGAUGCACAGGAUGACGGCACACAAGAAGCAGUUUGCCUUCCCCGAGAUGUGGCCCGCAACAGUUGCUCUUCAGCACGGAUACAAGGCGGUUUACGCACCACACCCCGUGUAUGUGGACCGCAACUGGCCUAUUGAUUACAUGGCUCAGACAUUCAAUGGUGGCCGGGAUUCAACUACUGGCGGAUCAAGGACAAGCCUCUACGGCGAGCGAGAACACAACCUCAGGGGAUUGACCUGGUUUUAUAACUCUGGCUUCGGUCCCAACCUGUACAAACGCUGGCUGGGUUUGAAGGUGAACAACGACGGCGGAGAAGAAUUUGAAAAGACAGAAGAUAAGAGCCGAGCUGGUGCUGGAGUCGGCGCCAUGACCGGAGGCGAGGGCCGUAUGUGCCUUCCUCCCAUGCUCCUCCACCCUGUUAAGGAGGUGGACAUUCCCAUUGAGGCUCCUCCACAAGAGGGAGAGACGGGGAAUGAAGUGCCUGAAUCAGAUCCAGAGGCGUGA